GAUCUGCUCAGUAAUGAAGUUACAUCAACUUAUGGUGAGAAUGAAUCAUGUUCGGAAAAUCCGGCCUCGGAAAAUUCUGAUGAGCGAUCGGCGGGAGUUCGAUCGAAUCUUUUACUCUUCUAAACUUAGGAAAAUAUGAAAUUCUUAUUACUCUGAAUUACGAUAAAACGAAUAUUGUUUUUGCUGGUGAUUUACGAAUAGAAUUUUGAUUGAUUGUUUCAUUCUUGUUUAUUGAUUUGAUUUUUGUCGAUACUCUCAUGUCACCAAUACAGAAAAAUCAUUGAUUGAGUUAUUAUCUAUGGUUACAAUGUAGUUAAUCAAAUCAUAUAAAUCACAUUAGUAAAAUUGAUUAUGUUAAUCAGGAAGAAAAAGUAACAACAUUUCAAUGUUCAGUGAUUUAGCUGUUUGAUUUUCUGGUGUGAGAGAAAAGUUAAUCAAAUUUGAUCAGUGAUUUACUAAUUAUGUUAUCAUGAGAUCAAAUUGGCAAGAUUCAGUGAGGACAAUUGAGCCAAUUUCAUCAUCAAUUUCACCGAAAACUGCACAAAAAUUGCAAGAACAACAGAAACAAAUCAAGAAAAUUCAGCGUUGGUACCAAAUUUUGGACUUAAUCAUCUUAAUCACCGCUACCAUUGGAUGUAUUUAUCAGACCAUUUUGGUGACCGCCGUUUACCUUGAGAAACAAGUGAUCACCGAUAUAAGAAUCCAAUUUUCGGAGGUGGUUCGAAUUCCUGAUCUGUCCAUUUGUCUUUACUUUUACAACUUUGUCUCUUACCAGAAUUUGAAGACUCGAGCACCGAAAAUAUUUUCCCGUUUAAAGGGAAAGUUUCCCUCGGUUACGAAUCAAAGUAAUUUCAAUGAAUGGAAAUUUUCUGCUGAUGCAAUUACCUUUAUGACCAUUGAGUUUUCCCACUUGACCAUUUCUCAGAUGAUGGAGAUCAUGCAUGAAACUGACCUUCUGAUUGACAAGAUAAUCCCGACAAUCCGACAAAUGGACCUGGUUGAGAACGUUAAACUGGACGAGGUAAAUGAUUGUGUGGUCACAACUUCAGUUAAAGAGCCUUAUGUUUGCAUGACGGUCAGUUGCCCCGUUCUAGAGGCUCGACAUUUACAACAAAAAGAUCUUGAAUUGACCCAAUAUCUUGGAACUGUAAUCGCGAUCUACUUCAAACAUGAACUGUUUAUCGCAACCGAAGAGUAUUAUGUUUAUCUCCACCCCGCAGGGACACUUCCUUAUGGCACCCAAAUGUCCUCAGUGACCAUAGUGACCGAGGAAAAUGCUCAUAAAUUUUACAUUGAAUAUAAAGGGUUCGAAGCGAAUCUACUGCCCCCACCAUAUACGACCCAAUGCAAAGAUUACACUGUGGAAGGUUUCAAGUCUCAGGCUCACGCACUUGAGGCUUGUCGCAACAACGCAUCCCUUGAGCGCUUCGGGUGCAGCUUUUACUCUGACGUUGUAUCGGCUGAUUCCAAUGCGAGACUUGCUAUUUCCGAUUAUUACCUUAACUAUGGUGAUCCCCGACGACGAAAGGUUAUCAAUGAGAUCUACGAUAAUUGUAGUAAACUUCACUGGGCACCCGAUUGUAAGCAGAAAUAUUUUGUCCCGAGGAUCCAGAAAGUGGCUCGAAUCGAUUCCUCAUACUCUAUCCUUUGUCUCUCCAUGCCCACCGAGCCCGACAUAUCCAAUACUUGUCAGCCCAAAUUGCCGCUAUUCGAAUACAUAAUCUACAUUGGCUCCAUUCUUGGUACUUGGUUCGGAUUUAGUAUUCUCACCUCAUCACCUAUGAUAUUCAAAUGGUUUUUUGACUUUCUUCGAGUUCUGACCUCAUCUAAACCCGCCAAAGGGCACAUACUAAAAAAAGAAAAAGACAAUUUAGGCCACAAGAACAAGUCCAAGUUGAAAAAUCGACGAUCAAGCUCUGGAUCAUCAAGAAAAUUUAGAACCAUCGAGUCUAUGAAACAAACUCCACUCAAGAUUAGACCCAAAGUUAUCAGUUGGGACGAUUAUCCGUUAAGAUGAUGAUUAGUUGAUUGUUAAUCAUUUUCUAAAUGUUAAAUUACUUCAUCUAAUUAUCUAAUUGUCACGAAUACUUGAAAAUUAAUGUCAAGGUUAAUCCAUUUAUGGCAAACAAACACCUACCUUUUAAAUUGUGUUGAUUGUAACAAAUUUUAAACAAUAAUCUUAAUUGGUUCAAAUUGAUUGUAAACCAUUUUUAAUUGUGAAUCAUACUCUGUACAUAUUAACAUAUAUUUAUCAUUUUUUAACAAUUUAAACAAUCACAAAGUAAGUAAA